AUGCACUCUGCUGUGCGUUAUCUUCACAGAGGGGCCCCCCGGGGCCUCCCCCUGUCUUCAGCGGUGUUCUACUCGGGGCUAUCCCCCCCCGCGCCUUUAUCUGGGGGCCGCUGCGGAGGUGCUUCUUCCAUAUUUGAGCUCCCCUUUGGGCUCCCCCGAGCCUUCACCACGGGGCCCACCGGGGGCCCCCAAGAGAGGCCCAUGGCGUCCUUUGGGUACAGGGAUGUAACAAGGGAAGAAAAGGAAAAACUGGUUAAUGACCUGUUCACCUCCGUCGCAGAGAAAUACGAUCUCAUGAAUGACUUGAUGAGCUUCGGCCUCCACCGAAUUUGGAAGGACAACUUCACGCAACUCGUCAACUUCCCCCCCUUACGCGCACGCAAGACACCAGGGGAAGAUUCUCAAGGGACCCCUGCAAGGGAUUCCACACCAGCUCCCAACGCAACUGCAGCAGAAUCCCCCGCAGAGCGGGGCCCGCAUGAGGAUUCCAAAAACGCUGGGGCGUUUACGGUGUUGGAUUUGGCCGGAGGGACUGGAGACAUUGCCUUCCGGUUGAUAGACAGGGCCCUGGAACAGCUGACACACUUCGAGCAGCAGAAUCAGGGGCAGCAGCACGGGUUGGUUUGCAGUGGAGUCGAGAUAACGGUAUGUGAUAUAAAUGAGCAAAUGCUACAGGUGGGGAUGCAGAGGGCAGUUGAGCGGGGUCUUCCAGCCUCUCCCUUAGUAGACACAAUGAGCUCCGGCAGCAGCAGUAGCAACAGUAGCAGGAUUGUGCUACCUAGAAGCACUGACUUUGGGCACGUGGGCCCUGUCGGGGUGCGUUGGGUGAGAGGUAGCGGGGAAUGUCUGCCCUUUGCGUCAUCUUCGUUUGAUUUAUUGACGAUCGCCUUUGGUCUUCGGAAUUUUACCAAUGUUGAGAAGGGUUUACAAGAGGCGUUGCGGGUAUUGAAGCGUGGGGGGCGCCUGCUUUGUCUGGAAUUCUCCCCUGUAGACACGCCAGUGAUAAAACCACUGUACGAUUUGUUUUCUUUCACUGCGUUGCCCGUGCUGGGGCAAUUCGUGGCUGGAGACCGCGGGGCGUAUCAGUAUCUCGCAGAGUCCAUUCGCCGCUUUCCCGCUGCUGAGGUGCUAGGCCGCAUGCUGCAGCAGCAGGGCUUUGUGCACGUGUCGUACUCCACUAUGAGUUGCGGCAUCGUUGCUAUACACUCCGCUCACAAACCCUGA